AACGUCAAACACAUGCUGCCUGAAACAUCAACAAACCAGUUGAAUUAGCUAAACUUUAAUAUUGCGUUUUCGUUUCUUAUUAUUAGUUAUCUUAUUCUUAUUAAUAGAAAUGUCUGGAAAGGCUAAAGACCUCCUGAAAAUGGACCUGUAUGGGUUACUCGGUGUGGAAAAUACAGCUACAACGAAAGAGAUCAAGAAAGCGUACCGACAGAAAGCCUUGACAUGCCAUCCAGACAAGAACCCAGACAACCCAAAAGCAGUGGAGCUCUUCCACCAGCUGUCCCAGGCUCUUGAGGUGCUGACCGAUGCUGCUGCCAGAGCUGCGUAUGAUAAAAUUUGUGCUGCCAAAAAGCAAGCAGAAGAAAGAACCAGGAAACUUGAUGAUAAGAGGAAGAAAAUUAAACUUGAUUUGGAGGCCAGAGAGCGGCAAGCUGAGGCCCAGACUCAGGAAGAGGUGCAAAUCAGCAGAACACUUGAGGAAGAGAUUGCCCGUUUGAGAGAGGAGGGAUCCAGACAGCUUGAGGAGGAACAGAGACUCAUUAGAGAGCAGAUCCAAAGAGAAAGAGAAGCGCAGCAGCAGCAGCAAACAGACCCACGAGGACAGGGAUGUUCCAAGAGCAAUCUGACCCCCAAGUUGAAGUUGAAGUGGAAGUAUAAAAAAGAUGAUGAGACAAAUGGGGGCUACUCUCAAGACAUUCUUCUCAGACUUCUCCAAAAGUACGGCGACGUUCUAAAUGUGAUUGUAUCGAGUAAGAAGAGAGGAAGUGCUGUGGUUGAAUAUGCAACUGUGAGAGCAGCUGAGUUGGCAUUUAAGAAUGAAAGUGGCCUAAGUGGAAAUCCCUUGAAGAUUUCGUGGCUUGAAGGACAGCCAGAGGUUGUUCUUCCAUCAUCACAGCCUGGUCACUUCAUGUCUACACAGGGGUGCCUCACAAAUGAGCGUGACUACGAAAGCGUUGUGAUGAUGAGGAUGAGGCAAGCUGCUGAGCGACAGAAACUUAUAGAACAAAUGCAGAGAGAGGAUGAGGAGGAAGAUGCAAGAUCAUAACACGGAAAGACCCAGCUUGGUAUCAGCCUGCAACCAUUAAUCGAAUACUUCUGUUGGGCUUUAGUUUCAUAAAGCCUCUUUAUGUGUUUUGUUAUCUUUUUAAAAUGUUAUUCAUUGUGUGGCCAAACAAAUGUUAAUAAAUGUGGAGAACUGUUUUUAAA